ACAAAAACCAAUAGUUUUACCCUUUUAUCUACAACCAAUAAUCAGUCAGUUUCCAGUCUAGACAGCAUAUUCACUCACAUCACCCAAUUAUUUCUUCUCGAUUUAGAAAGUCGGCCAGUUCGAAAAAUGUUUCCAUAAAUUAACCACUCCUAAACACUGUUAAAUUAAUUAUUCAGCCGCCAGAUUUUUCCUGUUCAAUCAGAGCGUGGAUGAUGUUGUCUCAACUUCAAUUCAUCUAGUUUUGCUGACCUUCUUUGUCAUGAUGGAUGAGCUAUUGCUGGUUGCUGACUGCAGAUCUUGAACUGAUGGUUGUGGUCUCGGAUUUCGUUUAAGCUCGAAUCAUCGCAGAACCCCUUCGAUUUUUCAGUCUGUUCAUGGAUCAUUGAACAUGGCUCCUGCAUUAUUCAAGAAAAAGCGUUCAAAUGAAGUCGAAGCCUCUGGAUCUCUAUCGAGAUCCCUGCACGUUCUACCUGCACUCUCGGAAGAAAAGUACCCCAAGCUUCCCGAUUCACCACAGGUUACAUUAGCGCAUGAACUGACCACAGACCUACUAGCAUCCGACACCAGAACAGCUGGGCAUUCGUUCUCGUCGGCCUCUGUUAGUCUUAGUCAUUCCUCCUCUUUCUCGCCUGACUCAAGCCAUUUGAGAGUUCCCCCUUUCAUCUCCGAGGCAUUGAACGACAGGGGAUCUUUCCACUUGAGCCAAUCUUCCCCUACCGUUGCUAGAGAUGGCCAGCCGGAAAGUAAAGACGUUUCGUGGACUAUAGACACCUCGGAUGCGCCUCCUCCCCACCACAGAGACGUGGUGCCAUCGGAUGACUCGGCUAGGAAAACAGACUGGCGGGAGUGGGCCGAUCAGUUAGUCACACCGGACGACACGCUUGAUUUGAACUUGAGUGAUCUUCUUGUUGAUGUCAAUGUUCCAGAUCUUGAUGCCAAGCUGCUCGAAUUGCCACCAAACUUCGCGACGUACCAGCCUCAGAUCCAGGAGCGCCGCCUUCUUACAGUCUCUACUGCGCAGACGCUUCCUGCGGUCGCCUCUCCUUGUCCUUCGCCAGCAACCAAGGCACGGAUGCGUUGGACGCCUGAGCUGCACGAAGUUUUCUCAGAGGCUGUUACGAAACUAGGUGGUGGCGAACGAGCUACGCCAAAAGGCGUGUUGAAGCUCAUGAAUGUUGAAGGCCUCACAAUCUACCACGUGAAGAGCCACUUGCAGAAAUACCGAACCGCGAGGCACAAGCCGGAGUCCUCAGAAGCGCAGGAGGUGAAGUUGCACGAAGCGGAGAGCGAACAGAAUAGGCACGCCUAUUCUGUUGCUCUCGUGACCGCCAUGGCUGCUGAGGCGGCCGUUGCAGCAGCCAACGCUGCUGCAGAGGUCGUCCGCCUCAGAGCCGCAGCGCACGGCUCGGGCAAGACGAAGGAAGAGAUGGCCUCCGUCAAGAUUCAGGCAGCUUUCCGAGGAUAUAUGGCAAGGAGAGUUUUUAGGGCUCUGAGAUGCUUAAUGAGGCUGAAAACCGUGGUGGGAGGGAAGUCGGUCGAGAGGCAGGCGGCCGCGAGCUUGAAGUGUAUGCAGACGAUGGCUCGUCUGCAGUCUGAGAUUCGUGCAAGGCGAACCCUGUUGUUGGAGGAGAAUCCGUCCGUUCACAGGCAGAACGGGUGGAUUCAUGACGAUGAUCUCGACAAGUCGAGAGGAUUUAAAGGGGAAAAUUGGGAUCAAAGUUGCCGAUCUAAAGAGCAGAUUGAGGCAGAUAUAAAUUAUAAGCAAGAAGCUGCUAGGAGGAGAGAGAGAGCCUUAGCUUAUGCAUAUUCACAUCAGACUCUUAAAAAUCUCUCGGAUUCCACAAACCAAGCGUUCGUGGAUCCGAUCAAUCCCGGGUGGGGAUGGAGCUGGUUGGAGAGGUGGAUGGCCGCGCGGCCGUGGGAGAAGGGCGACGUGGCCGAGUACGAAGCCGCGGCAAAGGCAGCCUCGGGCCGCGCCGUUGCUAUUCGUGGAGACACGAAGGUCCAGUCUCCGACUGCCCAGGGAGGCCGGCGGCCUCCCGGCAGGCAGUCACCCUCGACUCCCAAGUCGAGGGCUGGAGGGAGGAUUAGGCCUGCGAGCCCGAGGGGGGUUCUUGUCACGGAUGAUGACUCGAGGAGCCUGAAUAGCACCCAGUCCGAGCAAUGCCGGAGGCGGAGUAGCUAUGCGGGCUCGUCGUUGAGAGACAAUGAGAGCCUUGCUAGCUCGCCUGCGGUUCCGGGCUACAUGGCCUACACGGAGUCCGCACGGGCUAGGUCACGGUUGCCUAACCCGCAGGGGUCGGAGACAGCCGCUUCUGCAAAGAAACGACUGUCUUUCUCCGGUUCCCCUGCCCGACCGAGGAGGCAUUCGACUCCCACGAGGUUGGGUGCUAGCCCUUAAACAGCACGGCACGACUGGGAACUCAUAAUUUGUUUGGUGUUUUUGUUUUCCUUUGUUUGUGUGUGCAAGUGUUGUUAACAACUAACUCAAAACUUUUGUGUUUAUUUGUGAAUUGAUUCGUGUUGAUUUA